GGCUCCAAUGUCCAAUGUACAAUAGACAGAAACAGCAGUUCUUUUCACUGGUGUUCUUCCUAAACAUACUGUAGAUUUAAAGCUUGAAGGAAGAGAUGAACAUGGAGAAACAUGAGAGGAAGGGGAGGGUGACGCUGAUCCUGGCAGCAGCUUCUUUGAUUGCUGGGUUUGGUUCGUCUUUUCAGUAUGGAUACAAUGUGGCUGUGAUCAACUCACCUGCCCCGGAGAUGCAGCUUUUCUACAGCCAAAUAUAUGAGAGUCGUUAUGGUCCAAUGUCAGACAGUUUCCUGACCCUUCUGUGGUCCGUUACUGUGUCCAUGUACCCUCUGGGUGGGUUUUUCGGAUCUUUCAUGGUAGGCCCAUUGGUGAACAAAUUCGGAAGAAAAGGCACACUCCUGUUCAACAACAUCUUUUCUAUUGUUCCUGCUAUAAUGAUGGGUGUGAGUGAAGUGGCGGGAUCAUUUGAGAUCAUCAUUGUUGCCCGCUUUUUAGUGGGCAUUUGUGCAGGCCUGUCCUCCAAUGUGGUGCCUAUGUAUUUGGGAGAGAUCGCUCCCAAGAAUUACAGGGGGGCCAUUGGGAUAGUGCCACAGCUUUUCAUCACCAUUGGCAUCCUUGUCGCCCAAGUGUUUGGCAUUCGCAAUAUCCUAGGAAAUAAAGAAGGCUGGCCCAUCAUGUUGGGUCUCACGGGGAUUCCAGCUGCCAUUCAGCUACUGCUUCUGCCUUUCUUUCCUGAGAGCCCACGCUACAUGCUCAUACAGAAGGGGGAUGAAAAAACUGCCAGGAAAGACCUGCAGCGGCUGCGAGGCUGGGAGGAUGUGGAUGAGGAGCUGUGUGAGAUGCAUGUUGAGGAUCAGUCCGAGCGAGCAGAAGGUCGACUCUCUCUGCUCAACCUCUUCACCUUCCGCUCACUGCGCUGGCAGCUGCUGUCUGUAAUCUUCAUGAAUAUGGGUCAACAACUAUCAGGAGUUAAUGCCAUUUAUUACUAUGCUGACAGCAUCUAUAGCUCAGCAGGAGUGAGGGAAGAUCACGUUCAGUAUGUGACAGCCGGAACAGGAGCUGUAAAUGUCUUCAUGACAAUAGCUGCUGUUUUCAUAGUGGAGAAAUCUGGCAGAAGGUUGUUGUUACUGAUCGGCUUUGGCAUCUGCUGUGCAGCCUGUGUUCUCCUGACCAUAGCGCUCUACUUCCAGGAUACUAUGGACUGGAUACCCUAUCUCAGCAUCGUUUGUGUCAUUGUUUACGUCAUCGGACAUGCUAUUGGCCCAAGUCCUAUUCCUAAUGUAAUCACCACUGAGAUGUUCCGGCAGUCUUCCAGACCAUCAGCCUUUAUGGUGGGCGGCUCGGUUCACUGGCUGUCAAAUUUCACUGUCGGCCUGAUCUUCCCUUUUCUAGAGAAAGGCCUGGGUGCAUACAGCUUCAUCAUUUUUGCUUGCGUCUGUCUCGCCACAUUUAUCUACAUCUGGAUUGUCAUUCCAGAGACUAAAAACAAGACCUUUCUGGAGACCAGUCAGCUUUUUGCUAAGAGAAACAAAGUGGGAAUUGUGUUAGAGGGUGAAGACUCUGAGAUCAAAGAGACUGAAGGAGAAAGUAGCGGACACGAAAUGAAAAGCUCAUUUUUCUGAAUGGGUAGGGAGUCAAAGACACCAGCUUGCGUUUGUCAAAGCAAUGCUUUGAAAUUGUUUUGACACACUUUUACUGUUCAGUGUCUCAUGCCAGGAUUUUUUGAAGUGAUUGCAGUACCGGUUUUGGCCACAAUCUUGCAUACGUCUCAUUUAAAAAUCAAAUGCACAAUAAUAAACAAAUGGUUAGGUUAAAAUGCACCAAAUUCUUAGAAAUGUACUCUGUGUAUUCAAAUUGUUUUAAUAUAGAUUUGCAUAUUUUUGUAAAACUUUUAUACAAAAAAAAAAAUCGAAUAAUGUGAUGUAACUAACUAUGAAGUAGACAAAAAGUAAUAUAUAAAGAAAGUUUUUACAUUUAUCAUAAAAAGUCUUGCAUAUUUUACAAUCUGAACUAACCUUGCAUGUUAUAAAGGUCAAAUGAUCUGAUCUUUUACAUAUAAACCUAUAUAAUUAUCAGUUUUAUGUCCCCCCCCCCCCCCCCGUACGUUUCUGCACAAAGCUGCUUUACUGCUUUUUUUUCUCCUUUUCUAAGGAAUAUAAGAAAAAAAAAGUUACGAUUUAUUUUCCAGA